AGAUUUAAAAUCUAAAAGAAAGAGAUUUUUUACAUUAAAGAUCUCGAGCAAAAUGUGUUUUAAAACGUUGAUGCCAACAUCAAACCACAGAUUUAAAGUAUUUAAUAACAAUAAGGAUCACUUCAAUAAUUCCAACAUCCAGAACAAAAACGUUAAAGUCUCGUCUCUCUUGACAACAUUUGAAUCAUCUCUUCUGCUGGAAGUUUAUCUGAGUGGAACAGAAGAGCUGACGUCUACCUGACCGUUCCAGAGGUUAAAGCAGAAAAAAUGUUUUUCUCCUGAAAGAUGAGCAAGUUUCAGGAAAGAAGAGCCAGAAAUGAUGAGAAGAGCUUCAAACAAACAACAGUCACUGGAUUGCUGUGUACUUGAGAUGUGCGAUGAUAAUAACGUUGAAUUCUAUUCAACAAACUGCAGCUGUGUAAUAAUUGUCUGUUAAGAUGCUUUAAGUUUGCAGGAAUGUUUUCUCUUUAUGUUUGAGAGAGUCUGUCAGCUGUUCAUGAAGUAACGGUUGAUCCGUCAGUAGAACCGCAGAGCACCCCCCCUCGAGGCACGCGAUCGCCAUCCGAUUAGCCGACUGCACAGGCGCAGACAGACGGCGGCGCCUCCUGCUGGCGAAAACCCGCCCCUUCAUCCUGGUGGACGGACAGAGACGCAGCCUCGCUCGGGCUCUGCAGAGGAGAAAGCAAGCCGGAGUCAGACAGGAAGUGUCUCUUCUUCAAAGAACAGCCCAUUAACAGACAGGAAGACAUGCUGAUUGGACGGCGGAUGCACUCAGCUCCGCCCACACCCCAAAGAAGCAGAGAGGAGGAAGCCAGAGAUUCGGAGGACGGACACCCCGACAGGCUGCAGGGGGCGCUGGAGGUGGGAGGCCGCCUCCUCGUGCUGGACCUGGAGAAGAACCAUCAGCUGCUCCCCAAACCCCCCAACGUCUUCCUCUACCUCCCCAACGGGACCGGGGUGUCGCUGCCCGCCGACCCCGUGACUCAUUGCUAUUACCACGGAAACGUCCGAGGAUUCCCACAAUCCAGAGUGGCUGUGAGCACCUGCUCCGGCCUGCGGGGCGUCAUCGCUCUGAACUCCUCCCUGAGUUUUGAGCUGGAGCCAGAGGAGCACCUCCUGCAGGAGCGCAGAGGAGAGGAGGAGCAGAGUGGAAGUGGAGCAGGAGCUGAUGAAGGAGAGCUCCACCUGCUGUUCUCCACUGCCCCCCUGGACACCCCCAGCUCCAGAGUCUGUGGUGUACCCCACACUGCUGCCCCCCCCAUCCACAGCCCCCCCCACACACGGCGGACCAAGAGGGACAUCCUGACUGAGACCAAAUACAUCGAGCUGGUGCUGGUGGCGGAUCAUCAGGAGUUCCUGAAUUACCAGAAGAACAACAAGACCAUCAUCUACCGCAUGCUGGACGUGGCCAACCAGGUGGACUGGUUCUACCGUCCUCUGAACGUGCGGGUGGCGCUGACCGGCCUGGAGAUCUGGAGCGACCGAGACAAGAUACGGGUGGAGAAGAGCGCCACCGACACCCUCAACAACUUCUUGGAUUGGAGAACGCGAGACCUGCUGCCACGCCUUCGCCACGACAACGCCCAGCUGGUCAUGGGGGAGUCCUUCGACGGGACCACGGUGGGGAUGGCGUCCCAGUCCUCCAUGUGCUCCAGAGACCGCUCCGGAGGUGUCAAUGUGGACCACCUGGUCAGCGUUCUGGGCGUGGCCUCAACCAUCGCUCAUGAGCUCGGUCACAAUCUGGGAAUGAGACACGACACCGCCGAGCGCCGCUGCUCCUGUCAGAAUGAGCCGCGCCUGGGGGGCUGCAUCAUGGAGCCGUCAACUGGGUUCCUGCCGGGUCAGCAGUUCAGCAGCUGCAGCGUCACGGACCUGACGGUCAGCUUGCAGCACGGCGGCGGCAUGUGUCUGUUCAACGUCCCGCAGCCGGACCGCCUCCUGGGAGGACCUCGCUGUGGAAACCUGUACGUGGAGAAAGGGGAGGAGUGUGACUGCGGGCUGCUGCAGGAGUGUGAGGACCCCUGCUGCAACGCCUCCACCUGCCGGCUGGUUCCUGGAGCUCAGUGCUCCUCUGAUGGUAUCUGCUGCCAGAGCUGUAAGCUGCGACCGGCCGGAUCGAUGUGCCGCGAGCCGCUCGGAGACUGCGACCUGCCGGAGUUUUGCUCAGGCUCCUCCCCCCACUGCCCCCCCAAUGUCUUCCUGCAGAACGGCGAACUGUGCGAGAACAGCACCUCCUACUGCUACGAAGGAGUCUGCGCCAACAUGGACACCCAGUGCCAGAUGCUGUGGGGACCCAAUGCCACCAGCGCUCCAGCCGUUUGUUUCUCAUCUGUGAACAAACAGGGGAACAAAUACGGAAACUGCGGUCAGCUGGCCAACGGCUCCCACAUCCCCUGUGGAAACGCAGAUGUCCACUGCGGCAGGAUCCAGUGUCAGGGCGGCCGGGAGCGCCCCCUGCUGGGCAGCAACGCUCAGAUCCUCACCACCACCGUGCGCUUCAACGACAGCGACCUGAUCUGCAGAGGAACCUUCUUCCACCUGGGGGACGAUGUGUCCGACCCCGCCACUGUGGCCCAGGGCACAGCCUGCGGGCCUGGAAAGGCUUGCUUUAACCAUAAGUGUCGGGCUGUGUCCAUGUUUGGCGUGGACGACUGCCGCAGGAAGUGUAACGGUCAUGGGGUGUGUAACAGUAAUAAGAACUGUCACUGUGACGUGGGCUGGGCUCCUCCUGACUGCAGGUACUCGGGUCACGGCGGCAGCGUGGACAGCGGUCCGGCCAGAGCUGCUGGAGGGUCGGAUCCGGUCCGAGUCGCCCUGCUCGUCAUCUUCUUCUUCGUCCUCCCUGUGGUCCUCCUCUUCCUCGCUCUCCGCUUUCCACGUUUCCGCCGGGCGCUCUGCUGUCUGGGACAGAGCAGCCCCUUCCACAAAGCUCUUCAACAUAACCGAACUCCAGUGACGGAGCGAGUGGACGGCAGGAACGGAGAGCAGGUCCGGCCGCUCAGAUACCACCUGAACCCGCCGCCUGACAUCCCUUUGGCUCCGCCCCAGAAAGAGGCUAAUGACAGACCGGCUCCUCCUAAUAAGCCCCUCCCUCCUGACCCCGCUCUAACCCCCCCAUCAAAGCCGGUUAAGCAGCGACCGGCCGCCCCCAGCAAGCCUCUGCCCCCCGACCCCCCCUCCCCCAGCAGCCAGGGGCGGGCAACUCGACCAGCUCCGCCCAGCAAGCCACUCCCCCCUGACCCUGUUUCAGCUGCACAGGUCUCUGUUCCUCUCAAACCUAUUGUGCCUCCCAAGCCCCGCCCCCCAGCCCCACCCACCAACACCCAGCUGCCGCCCCACCCAGGUCUCCCCCCCCUCCUGGGCCACGCCUCCAACACCAAACUGUCUCACCUCGGAGCCGUGGCUCCCGCCCCGGGGUCCAGCAGACGACCCCCGCUGCGCCCAAGUCGACCCCCAGCCCCGCCCAAAGCCGAGUCCCCCGUCUGACGGUGAGUGUGGACGCUGUUGGAGCGAGCUCCUGCACGCCACGCAAACGGAGGGGAGGACUUUCAUCUGUUUUGCACUCAGUUGUUGGAUUGAAUCCUUCAUCAAGUGGAACUGUAAAUAAACAGACUGUCAGUGCCUUGCUCAGCAGCUCCUGUGCAGAGACUGCAAACCUCGCUGCUCUGCUGCGCCUCCUGCUGGCAGUCUAGUGCCUUUCUCCAGGAUGCCUGAGUCCUGGUCGGGCUCUGGCGCCUCCCGAUGGCAGCAGGAGGGAGUCCUGAGCGAAACGCAGCAUCGUCCUCAUCCUCAGAGAGGAGUUUUUAUUGGAGGACUUCGACCAAUCACAGGACUUCAUGGGAGACGUUUAGAAAUGUGGUGGAGAAGAAGCCGAGAUGUUUGGAGUCCAAAUAAAGCUGAUCGUUCAACAUGAAAA